UCUGAAUUGUAAUUUUCGUGAGCAGUUUAGUUUCGAAAAUCCGGGAGAUACGUGUGUGAUUAUUUCGAACUAAUGAAUAAGUGGCUCUUGAUAGGAUGUGCCCUGGUGGCUAUCGGCUUGGUGAGUGCUGAUUUGGGAUUGAAAGUUUCAAUAACCACAUUGACGAGCCUGAGGAAUGCCGUAAGGAAUGGUGUCAAAAUGAUUACUGCAGCCAAUGCAAGUUUCACGGUAAAUGCAACGUUAGACGCUAGCGGUGCAGUAACCGCACUCAGACUUGUGGUAGCCGAUCUUGUAGUUCCUGUUGGAAAUCUGUUGUCUGGUAUUCAGAGUGCGACAAAUAAUAAAACAGGACCUGCAGACGAUGUGGUGAUGAAUCUCACCAGUUUGGUAACAGAAGCAGGGACAUCCGUUGGAAUGGCACUGACAGAUGCGGCUGCAUUGGAAACCGUCACCAAACCUUCAUGGUACAACGCAUUGAAAGGAAAUCUAUCAAGUGCAAGCAGCGAUUUCAGUGACCUAAGCUCCGCACUUUCUGAUUUAGGCACCCUACUCACCACAGCCUCUUCAGCACAAUAUCCUUACACAGCGAACAACAUUACACAAUUAAUCACAGCAGCGGCUGUCAAUUCGGUAGUAACUCCCAUUAACUACAUUCUCGGUAAUUUAACCAUGGUGAGCACAAUCAUUUCUAACAUCGGUAAGGCCAAGCAAGCUUCCGUUGCCCUUCAAGUCAAUGCGAACAAAACGAUCAAUACGAAUUUGCAAGCGUUGCUUCCAAUAAUGCUCGCAUUCAACAAAACCGUUAAUGCCUCGUCAAUAAGUGUCCUUAAGCUCUCGAAAGCAGCGUUGACUGCUAUCAACACUAGUUUUGUACCUGUCCUGGCAAAAUCGGCUAAUUACAAUAAUGGGGAUAUGACCCCUCUAAAUACGUACUUAUCCGGUAACUCAGAUAAUGAUGCAACCUUUCAAACGACAGUUAAUGCAUCUGCCCAAACCACACAAGAUACUGUUUACACUACCUUCAAUACAGAACUAACGAACCUAAUCAACGCCCUAUCGAUGGGUAUCUCAAACAUCAGCACUAUGGCAUCCACAAAUGAAAGCAAAUACGCAUCCCAAUGCGAGACCAAAUACGCAUCAAUGUACACGCAAGCUAGUGUAUCAGUGUCACGACUGGACCCGUGUGUCUCACAACCCACCCCCUCAAUCACGGCAACCGUGAGUGCAGUUGGUACGCAAUUCACUAGCAUGGUUUUGGCUGCUGGUGCGACAUCAGUAAAACUCAGCAGCUGCACGGUUACCAACGGAACCUGCAGUGUAUCGUACUUUACAGCCAUAGGAACACUCAAUGCUAGAGUUAUGCUGAAAUAUACUGCAGCGACUGAUAUUUACACCGGAGACCAAACUACUUUAACUGCGGGCAUCGACGACUGUAUAACUGCCGUCUCUAAGGAUAUUCAGGAUGUAUCGGGAACUAUCCAGGACAAAUUUGUGAGCUGCUUGCAGACCGGUAAAUAGGCUACCAAAUGUUGGACUUUGAAUUAGGUCAACUAAGAAGCGAUGAGUGUAUAAAAACUAGUGCAAAUUUAAUGGUUGAACACGAUGACAGUCCAAUUUUCUCAUUUCGUGAAUGGUAUAGAAGGAUGUCAAUUGGUGUCUUUUUUGCUAUCGUCAGAUAUUUUCUGCACAAAUUUCCCUGAACGCUCAGAAAAAAUAUUCGAACUAUUUCACUUUUUUUCAUUAGUUUUUGUUAAUAAAAUAUAAGUUUUCAUAGUUAGUCCCGCAACGCAUUUUAAAAGUGA